AUGUUACCAACUACUCUUGACUACAGCUUCCUCGUCUCUGUGGAAGAGGGGCAUCUCAACAACACAGUGAAACAUGGUGGGGGCAGCAUCAUGUUCUACUGUGGGGAUGAGUGUGCGCGGCGCGCACACGUUCACGCGCCCAGCGGGGCAGCCCUCCUCUCCUCUCCUCCUCCUACUCUCUUCCCUCGCGCUGCAGCUCGCGGGGACUCAUCCCCUCCUAUCCUCUCACUAUCGUCCAGAGACGGCUGCAACUCCGCACACUCACCGGGAACCCGUCAGCUGCUCCGGGUCAACAGCACAGGUGCGCUAAACUGCGGGCUGCCGCGGAAGGGAAACAGGUCCGCUGCUGUUGCCUCUGUUCCUGGAGCAGGAAGGCGUUCUUCAAGGAGCGCUAAACUUAUCCCGCACCUUUCGGGCCAUACGAGCCAAAGAGCCGACAGGGAACCGAGUUGGCCCGUUCUUUUACUGUGCAAAAAGAUGGCAUCAAACGACGCACGGCUUCAUCAGCCGCCCCCACAGAAAGACGCGGCUGACCUAAACUUUGACUACAUGUUCAAGUUGCUGAUCAUCGGCAACAGCAGCGUCGGAAAAACCUCCUUCUUGUUCCGCUAUGCAGACGACUCCUUCACCCCUGCGUUUGUGAGCACCGUGGGCAUCGACUUCAAGGUCAAGACUGUAUUUCGCAACAACAAGCGGAUCAAGUUACAGAUUUGGGUGAGUGGAUGA